AUGUUUCACACUGGAGAUUGUAUGGCCGGAUUUACAGCGAAGCUGAUUGAAGACUGGGACGUGAUUUUUGAUGAGGUUGAGCAAGGACGGCUACCGGACUAUUCUAUGGCGGAGGGGUGGAUAAUGGAUUCUCAAGCGUUCCAUGAACUAAUGCCAUGUGCGUGGUGGAAGGACAAGCCUGGAAUGGAGGAGAUCGCUUUUCCGACACCCACUGUAUCAGCCGGCGACGACACUACUCGACAGUCAACCCGCCCUUCAGCUCUUCUUGGAUUUACCGACACAAUGUCGGCGUGGAAAUUGUACUGCACCUAUCUUCGAUCAAGACUUCCUCCGUUAGGCUACUCGGAAGACUAUGCCAACGCCCUAGGACCCUGCGUGGAGGAGCUUGCCAGCUAUCGGGAUGGUGCCGCAGUGAUGAUGGAUCAUACUGCACAGGACGUUAUUCCCGAACUUGAGCGCGCGGUCAAUACUAUUUCGGACAUUUGUCUCUACCCUCUUUACCGGGACUGGUAUCGCAUUGGCAACAGAGCAGCUACCCUUGCACGACGCGGGCAGCAAAGCACGACUUAG